GGAUGUAUGGGUCAUUUUGACCAGUCAUUCCCUCGCUUUGGCAUCCCACAAUUUUUACGCCUCCCUCAAAAAGAGAUAAUAAUAUUUAGAGACACUUGCCGGGCUGAAUGUGAAUUAGCCCCUGCUGCAGCUCAUCAUUAGUACAGGACCAACCCUGCAACUUUGACAUUUUUUAUAAAGCUGAGAUGAUGGAAAGAAUAAGAAAAGAGAUGAUUCUGAUGGAAAGAGGUCUGCACAGCCCUACAGCUGGCAAAAGGCUCUCGAAUUUGUCAGACACAGCUGGAAAUGCAGUGCUGGAGGCCCUUGAAAAUUCUCAACACACUGGUCGCCUCAGCCCUAGACUAACUUCCGCCUCUCUGCAUAGCACUAUAGGGGACAUCCCUGCCAAAGGCAAAUUUGAAAUAGACACUUUAUUCAAUCUUCAACAUCAGAACAGUGAAAGCAACGUCUCCUCCGAAAUUGCUCCGUCGGAAAGCAGGAAGAAAAUUAGUCAUUAUUCAGAAGUUGCUCAAGAGGCAGAUAUGAACAGUGAUGUGGAGGUGGGCUGUUCAGCACUCCGCUCCCCAACUAGCCUGAGUUCCUCCCAGCUGAAGGAAAACAAUAACAAAGGCUAUUCAGAAAGCAGCUCAGCUCCUACUACCACCACCUCGUCCUCAGGUUCGAGUCUAACCAGCCUGCACAGCAGCAGCAACGCACUGGGCAGCUCCGGCUCUGGGGCUGACCAGGUGAGAAGGUACCGCACCGCCUUCACCAGGGAGCAGAUAGCCAGGCUAGAGAAGGAGUUUUACCGGGAGAACUAUGUGUCUCGGCCCAGGAGGUGCGAACUGGCCGCGGCGCUCAACCUCCCUGAGACCACCAUCAAGGUGUGGUUCCAGAACAGACGGAUGAAGGACAAGCGGCAGCGCCUGGCCAUGUCCUGGCCCCACCCGGCUGACCCCAGCUUCUACACCUACAUGAUGACUCACGCGGCGGCCACGGGCAGCCUGCCCUACCCCUUCCACUCGCACGUGCCGCUGCACUACUACCCCCACGUCGGGGUGACGGCGGCCGCCGCGGCUGCGGCCGCCUCCGGGGCGGCCGCCGCCUCGCCCUUCGCCGGCUCCAUGCGGCCGCUGGACACCUUCCGCGCCCUCUCGCACCCCUACUCCCGCCCGGAGCUGCUCUGCGGCUUCCGCCACCCGGGCCUCUACCAGGCCCCCGCCGCCGCGGCCGGGCUCAACAGCAGCGCGGCGGUGGCGGCGGCGGCGGCGGCGGCGGCCGCGGCUUCUUCGGCGCCCCCGGCCGGCUCCGCGGCCUGCUCCUGCCUCAGCUGUCACAGCAGCCAGACGGCGGCGGCGGCGGCGGCGGCGGCGCUGGGCUCGCGCGGCUCCGGCUCGGAUUUCCCCUGCACGGCGGCCUCGCAGCGCGCGGACAGCGGCUUCCUGCCCUACUCGGCGGCCGUGCUGAGCAAAACCGCGGGCGCCUCCCCGGACCAGCGGGAGGAGGCGCCGCUCACCCGAUAA